GCGAAAGCGAUCGGCCGCGCGGCGCGGCGCAGGAGCUUCAUCGAGAGGCUGCCCACGCCCCGCGCCCAAUCCUGAAUAAUCCCCUCCGCCCCCUCCAAACCCCACGUCUCCUAGUGCUUGGCGCGACUCCUCGAUUGCUCGCGGGCGCGAGAGGAAGAGACACACAUAGUGGGUGUGUGUGAGAGAGAGAGAGAGGAUGGCGCCGCUACACGCCGCCCCGCCGCCGCCCUCGGCGGCCGCGUCCUCCUCCUCCCCGGCAGCCCCGCUCUUCGUCGCCAGGCCGCACCACCACCGCAGGCCGGCGGCGGCCGCCUCCUGCUCCCUCGCAGUGACCGCCGCCGCCGCUCCAUCGAGAAAAGCGUUCCUUCCAUGCCCGGAUCACAGCCCCGGGCGGUCGCUGGCGGCGCCGCCACGCAUCACCCCGUCGUCGUCCCCGGCGCUCGUCACGUCCGUGCAGGACCUGUACGACUUCAUCUGCAGCGGCCCGCUGGUGGACAGGAUCGGCUACACCAAGGAGAAGAUCGCCGAGUCCAUCGACCGGUGGCUGCGCUGCGGAGGCCAGGUCGCGCGCCUGUUCCGCCUCAACGAGCUCCAGCUGUCGGAGGCCGAGAAGGCCAGGAUAUACCACUUCUACAUCCCCGUCUUCCUCUGGUGCGAGGACCAGGUCAUCGAGCACAGGGCCAAAUACAACGAGGGCGACGAAAUCCCACCAUUGGUGAUCGGGGUCAGCGCUCCUCAAGGAAGUGGAAAGACAACUCUUGUCUUUGCACUUAAUUACCUUUUCCAGGUUGCUGGUAGGAAAUCCACCGUGUUGUCUAUAGAUGACUUCUAUUUGACAGCAAAAGAACAGAAUGAACUGAGGGAUAGAAAUCCUGGAAAUGCUCUUUUAGAGCUCCGUGGAAAUGCUGGGAGCCACGAUCUCCAAUUCUCAGUUGAAACACUUGAGUCACUUACGAAACUAACUAAGGAAGGUAUGAAGAUGAAGGUUCCACGGUAUAACAAGUCUGCUUUUGGGGGAAGAGGUGAUCGGGCUGAUCCUUCAGUGUGGCCGGAGGUUGAAGGGCCCUUAGAGGUUAUUCUCUUUGAAGGAUGGAUGCUUGGAUUUAAACCUCUUCCAAAUGAAGUUGUGAAAGCAGUGGAUCCUCAGCUCGAGGUGGUUAACAAGAACCUAGAAGCAUACUAUGAUGCUUGGGACAGGUUCAUCCAGUCAUGGAUCGUUAUAAAAAUAAGAGAACCCAAUUCUGUAUUCCAGUGGCGGCUGCAGGCAGAGGUAGCCAUGAGAGCAGAUGGAAAACCUGGAAUGUCCGAUGAGGAGGUUAUGGAUUUUGUAUCACGCUACCUACCGGCAUACCAUGCGUAUUUGCCCACACUAUACAAAGAGGGACCAAAUGGUUCAAAACCAGAGCACCUGCUGGUCAUUGACAUAGAUGAAGCGAGGAACCCUAUAUGGGGCAACUGAGGUUCUGAAUUCCUGGUGUACAUGCUGAAAAAGUGAAAAUGGAUUUUUCUGACUCCAUGGUGCAGCUUGAGAUCAAUGAUCUUUAUGAGACUGCUUAUGUCAAGCUAGCACUAUAGGCAUCUUUUUCUCGUGGUUCAAAUAUACGGUGAACCUGUAAAUUACGUGCAUAUCAAAAUUUGUUAUCUACUCCCUCCGUCCUAAAUUGUAGAUUGUUUUUGCUUUUCUAGAUACAUAGAUUUUGCUAUGCACCUGUCCAUAUAUAGAAAAACGACAUACGAUUUGGAAUGCAAGGAAACCAAUUUUUUUUA